ACGAAAGGACGGAAGUCCACUCUCUUUCGGCCACACCACAAACACGAGAAGGGAAGGGGUUUUCAUUUCUAUUCGAUCAAAUCUGUUCUCCUUCCAAGUUCUUUACUUGUUCUGUGCGAAAGUUUCGAUUAAGGUUUUUGCAGGAACUAGUUGAAUCAAAGAAAAAAACACAGGGAAGAAGUCGGUGCAUCUCGCGCUCGACGCCACCUACAGGGUGUGACAAGGCACCCCUCCUAACUUCGUCCUCCUUUUAUAAUCACCAAACCAUAUCUGAUUUGGCGGAGGGGCGAAUCCCUAAUAGACCUCAACCACGACAAAGUACUGCGGAGAAGUCCUCCCUUUCUUGUUCUUCCACCAACCACCAUUCAACCCUUUUUACAGAUCUGGCACGACAAGUAGAAAACCCCGUCUUCGCCAUCACGAUGCCGCCACCGCCGCCGACAAAUCAUCCUCCCCUGCUCCUGGCGGAUUCAAACGAAGAAGAAACCCGCACCAUUGCAGUCGUUUUUGAAGAAGACCCACUCUGGCUCAAGACUGACUCUAGCUUCUCUGCUCGUCUGAUUCCACUACUGUGUUCGUCGACCUAUGGAGGUUGGAGCCACCGGCGACGCAAAAGAAAUCUAUUUGGCGGAGAGAAUUAAUUUUAUUUUUUAUUUGUGUAUUGAAAUAUGACAUGGUAUUUAUAUGGCAAGUGUGGUUGAGUUGUCGCUGACGUGUGCGAUGAUUUGGCAUCCUAGUCAACCUAAAGUUAACCUAACUGACGGAGUCUCUAACACCAUUAAAGUUUCUAACGAAAAUGGCUAGAUUUGUCACACUAGCAUAACAUUCAAUUUUUGGGCUAUUUUAUAUUUUACGAUAGUUAUGACUAUAUUUGUCACAAACGUGAAAGUUAUGACUAUAAAAGUGUAUUUUGCGU